AUGGGAUAAGAAUAAAGUACAAAUGAAAAGACCUAAGAGUAUAAAUAAUUUCUAUUAUUUUACUCACAAGAAAGAGAGGCUAUACAUCCAUAAUUUGGAACAAUUAAACUGUUUACACACAUUUAAGUAAUAUCAAAUUAACAAAUAGACUAAUGAAUAAAUAUGUUUAAAGAAGUAUUUUACUAAAAGUGAAAAAGAAUUCUCCAAUCUAGUGGCUCAUCUAAGAUAAAGAAACACAUUUGAAUAAGAUAAUUUACUUAAAAUACUUGCAAUACAUUAAUAGGAUUAAAUAAAAAUAUGUUCUGAUUAGAGUUAGAUAACCAUCAUAAUUUAAUAUUAUUAAGAAAACUUAUCAAAUGAAAUGAGUAUAAGAAAACUUAACAAUAAGCCUUACAAUGAAGGACAUAUUUGGAUUCUAUUACAAUAAAUUAUUGAUCCAUGUACAUAUUUAUCUGAAAGAAAUAUUGUUCAUGGGGAUAUUAAACCUUCUACACUUUAUUUAGAUGAAAAUGGUUGUAUUAAAAUAGCUGAAUGUUGCAUGCUUAAUGAUGGAAUUAAUGGAUAUUAAAAAAUGAUACUAAGUUAGGAUAAAGCAUAUUUAUCUCCUAUACUAUUAUAAUAAUAUAAAGAAUUGAUCAUGAGUCCUAUUCAUGAUGAAUAGAAAAGUGAUAUUUAUUCUUUAGGAUUGACUGCAUUAAGUGUAAUAUUAAUGGAAGAAGUUUAUGAUUGUUUUGAUUAUAUUUAAGGAAUUGUUUUAACAGAUAAAUUGGAAUCAAAAUUUAUUAGAAUUAAAUAACUGGGUUAUUCUUAAAUUUUAAUUGAAUUUAUCAAAUAAUUAUUAUUGUUUGAUGAAUAAUAGAGACCUUCUUGGUAAAUGCUUAAAGAUUUUAUUGACAAAUAUAGAGAAAAGAUUAAUAACAUGAUACCAUUUUACUAAAACCAUUUAAAUAAUUAAAAAUCACCUAUAAGAUAAUCUAAUCAAUUUAAUAAAUCUCCCCUAAGAUAAAAUAUGAUUUAUCUUGUAAUUAUAUUCUUUAUAUUAGCCAUUGAAUAAGUCACCAUAAUAAUAAUUUUAAAGAUCUUAAUAAUUUAAUACAAGUAGAUCAGAAGCUAAACCAAAAUAUGUACAAAUAAGUAAAGAAAAUUACUGA